CUCCCUAUCUCUAUAUCUCAAUCUUAUUAUUUCUUUUAAGUCUCACAACUACUAGUAUUAUAUAUUCUCUUUCAACUCAUUUUCUAGUCAAAUCUUCUCACAAUGGCACCUACAUCUGAUCAAGUACCUUCAAUGGAGAACGAGAAGACAAUGGUGAAGGUGAAAAUCCUAAGCAAAUCCCAAGUCAAACCUGCCGGAAAGUUCAUAGGGAGAAAAGAAUGUCAAUUGGUCACAUUUGACCUUCCUUACAUAGCCUUCUUCUACAACCAGAAGUUGCUCAUUUACAAAGGCUAUGAAGGGGAGUUUGAGGAUGUGGUGGCGAAAUUAAAAGAUGGGUUGGGGGUAGUUUUGGAAGAUUUUUAUCAGCUGGCCGGGAAACUUGGGAGAGAUGAAGAAGGGGUGUUUAGAGUGGAAUACGACGAUGAGAUGGACGGAGCUGAGGUGGUUGUGGCUGCCGCCGACGAGAUUGCGGUGCCGGAAUUGUUGGAAGUGGACGGUGCUAGUUCUACCAGGCUUAAAGAUCUGCUGCCUUAUAAUGGUGUCCUUAACUUGGAAGGCCUUUUUAGGCCUCUCUUGGCUGUGCAGAUAACUAAACUGCAAGGUGGGUUAGCUAUCGGCUGUGCGUUCAACCAUGCUAUCCUAGAUGGAACAUCUACGUGGCAUUUCAUGAGAUCGUGGGCGGAGAUCUGCUGCGGCGCACCAGCGAUCUCGGUUCAACCUUUCUUUGACCGUACUAAGGUUAGGAAUACCCGAAUGAAGCUGGAGCUGCCGGAGAAACCGAUUACCAGCAACACUGACGUCAUCAGAUCGGACGUCCCUUCUUUGUCACGUGAGAGGAUCUUUAAGUUCUCGGAAUCGACGGUUGACAGGAUCAAGAAUGAAGUUAAUGAUGGAAGAUCCGACGGUUCUAAACCUUUCUCCACUUUCCAGUCUCUGUCUGCACACAUUUGGCAAGCCGUCGCACGUGCGCGUCAGCUGAAGCCGGAGGAUCCGACUGUUUUUACCGUGUUUGCUGACUGCCGUAAACGGGUCGACCCAGCUAUGCCCGAUUCGUAUUUUGGAAACCUAAUCCAGGCAAUUUUCACUGUGUCGUCAACCGGGUUAUUGGCCGAAUCGAAGCAAUUCGGAGCUUCGAUGAUCCAGAAAGCGAUCUAUGGCCACGACUCUAAGGUGAUUAACGAAAGAAACAUGGAGUUCGAGAGCAACCCGAAGAUAUUCGAGUUUAAGGAUGCGGGUAUGAACUGUGUGGCGGUUGGAAGCUCGCCGAGGUUCAAGGUUUAUGAGGUGGAUUUUGGAUUCGGAAAACCGGAAAGCGUUAGGAGCGGGUUGAACAACCGGUUUGACGGGAUGGUUUAUCUUUAUCCGGGGAAGAGUGGGGGGAGGAGCAUCGAUGUGGAGAUUAGCUUGGAAAAAGGUACAAUGGAGAGGCUUGAGAAAGAUAAGGACUUUCUUCUAAUGGAAGAAUAAUUAAUUAUUAUUAUUAUAAUAUGGAAGUGUCCUUUAAGGUUGUCGGAUUAAUAAUUUAAGGGCCCCCCAUGUUUGUUUCUUUGUUGGUCUGUCAUGUAUGUUUGGAUUGUGGUGAACCUAGGCUAUUUUAUUAUUUUAAUGUUUGAACUUGGUGUUAUUU